GCCAUCCGCUGGGUGAAGGCGGGAGAACCAACGGUUCACCAUCCCUUCCCCUCUCCCUCCUCUUCCACAUAAUCCUCCGGAGCAAUGCAACUGUUGGUAAGCAACCCGGUCAGCGGCCGCGGCGGCUGCGCGUUUCUGCCAGUGGCAGCCGCACUGCGGCCACCGUCGGCCACGCUCUCCUGGAGAAGGGCGGGCUGGAGGCGGAGGAAGCUCACUUUAGCGCGCGCAAGCACCGAUGGUUCGGGAUCCGGUGCUGCGGCGGCUCAGGCGUCUACCGUGGGAGACAGCUUGGAACGGGAGGAAGGCGGCGGCGGGGAGGGGGUUGCUUCGGCUGACUCAUCGGCAGGGAAGCAGCCGCCUCCUGUCGAUCCCAAGAUCGAAAAGGAGCUCAAGAAGGCAGUUCAGAAGACUGCGGCAACCUUUGCACCGAGGGCGUCUACAAAAACAAAGAACCCUGCUGUUCCUGGAACUACUCUGUACAGUGUCUUUGAAGUCCAGGGAUAUGUCUCCAUGCUGUUGGGCGGAGCCCUUUCCUUCAAUCUUGUAUUCCCAUCAAAUGAGCCUGACAUCUGGAGGUUAAUGGGAAUGUGGUCCAUUUGGAUGUUCACUAUACCUUCACUUCGGGCCCGUGACUGCUCAAACAAGGAGAAAGAGGCUCUCAACUACUUAUUUCUCCUGAUCCCCCUGAUCAAUGUUGCAAUUCCAUUCUUUGUGAAAUCCUUCGCAGUUGUCUGGUCAGCAGAUACAGUUGCUUUCUUUGUGAUGUAUGCCUGGAAGCUUGGAUGGCUGCAAAGGUCGGAGUAAAGAUUUAUGGCAUGCUUUUCUUCUGAUGUAUGCGUGGAAGCUUGGAUGGCUGGCUGCAGAGGGCGGAUUGAAGAGCUUUUGCUAAGGGAGAAGCAUUGGUCCUCAGAAUUUUCUAGUCUUUUGGAGGGAACUGUUUGGUUAGUUUGUUCCAAGGUAGUCUUUUUUAGGGAAACAACGGCAACCCUGGGGUUGCCUGAGAUUUUGUUGAUUAACUUCAAACAAGUUUACAGAUAUGUUCCAAGGUAGUGCAUAUAGCCUUUUAUAUCUUGUGUAUAUGCAGGGGCCAAGGGGGUAUGAAAAGACAAAGGCUUUGACAUUUAAGUGAUGAAUAGAUGUACCUGAAGUCUGAAAAUUUUUGUUGACUAAGCUAGGCAGUCUAGAUGGGUUUCGAUAUCCCAACAGAUGUUCUCCUGGAUAAAAGCUGUGCUUGUUCUGAAGAAAAAAGAAAGUACCAAAUCAAGUCAGAUGAAGCAACAAGCGCGGCUUCAAAACGUUUGUAUAGUUGUCAGAUGUGAGAUUUUUUUUAUCCAUAUUAUCAUGAAAGAAUAUCAUGUUGCCCAUA